AUGUUACUUCUCUCCUGGAACAAAAUAAUUUACAAUUAUCUCCAGAUAAAUGCGAUAUUUGAAAAACAAGAAAUCGAUUAUCUUGGACAUCGUAUUACAUAUGAAGGAAUAACACCUCUUCCAGAUAAAAUCAAAGCAAUACUCAGUCUUCGUGAACCAAAGACUUUAUCGCAAGCUAAUCAUUUUAUCGGAGCCAUCAGCUGGUAUCGUAAAUUUAUACCCAAAUUCGCUGUGGUUGCUGCUCCCAUUCAUGGCGUUACUAACCUUACAAAACCCAAUCGUCAUAAAUUUAAGUGGAAACGUGAACAAUCAGCGUCGUUUCGAGAAAUCAAAAAACUUCUUACUGAAGAACCAUUGUUUCUUAGCUUUCCUGAUGAUUCACAACCACUAAUACUAACAACAGAUUUUUCAAAACAAGGAAUUAGUGGAGUCCUACAACAAGAAAUAGAUGGACAAAUCAGAAAUCUGUAUUACCACUCUCAGAUGUUAACCAAACAUCAAAAAAAUUAUGAUAUUGUAGCAGGUGAAGCGUUAGCAAUUCUUUUAUCGUUUAAGCGUAUGCGACCUUACAUAUUAGGAAGAAGAAUAACGAUAUAUACAGAUCACUGUCCAUUAUGUGCAAUGAACACCAAAACACUCAAAAAUUCAAUUGCAAAUCGAAUAGGAAUUCUGUUGCACAAUAUUCUAACAUCGAGAAAAUAA